ACAAUGAAUUCCUCAUCUCACCGCUACCUCAGCUGCUGGCCCAGGAACACAACUACAGCUCGCCUGCAGGCCACCAUCCUCACGUCCUGUACAAAAGGACAGCAGAGAAGAGGGUCCAGCGGUACCAAGACUACCCUGGCUCCCGCCGGACUUAUCCUGGUCACUCCCCAAGUCACCCUCCCCCCGCUUCCCAGAGCCAAGAGACAGAGUACCGCCAUCGAAGGUGGCAAAAGCAGCAUUUUUGUGGACGACGCAAGAAAUGUAUAUGCCCCCAAGCCUCCUGCAGAGGACACGUAUCUACACUUUGAUGACUAUGGGGGCACAGGGCGGCCCAGAAGAUCCGCUGGGAAGUCACAAAAGGGUCUCAAUGUCGAAACCCUCGUGGUGGCAGACGCGAAGAUGGUGGAGAAGCACGGCAAGGGCGACGUCACCACGUACAUUCUCACAGUCAUGAACAUGGUUUCUAGCUUGUUCAAAGAUGGAACCAUUGGAAGCGACAUAAACAUUGUGGUUGUGAGCCUAAUUCUUUUGGAACAAGAACCUGGAGGAUUGCUGAUCAACCACCACGCAGACCAGUCUCUAAAUAGCUUCUGCCAGUGGCAGUCUGCCCUCGUGGGUAAGAACGGCAAGAGGCACGACCACGCCAUCCUUCUCACGGGAUUUGACAUCUGUUCCUGGAAGAAUGAACCAUGUGACACGCUAGGAUUUGCUCCUAUCAGUGGGAUGUGCAGUAAAUACCGAAGCUGCACCAUCAACGAAGACACAGGACUUGGCCUUGCCUUCACCAUUGCACACGAGUCAGGGCACAACUUUGGCAUGGUUCAUGAUGGCGAAGGCAACCCUUGCAGGAAGGCGGAAGGCAACAUCAUGUCACCCACACUGACUGGAAACAACGGGGUGUUUUCAUGGUCUUCCUGCAGCCGACAGUAUCUCAAGAAAUUCCUCAGUACACCACAGGCUGGCUGUCUGGUGGAUGAGCCCAAGCAAACAGGACAGUAUAAAUAUCCGGACAAACUCCCAGGACAGAUUUAUGAUGCCGACACACAGUGUAAGUGGCAAUUUGGAGCCAAAGCCAAGCUGUGCAGCCUUGGGGUUAUGAAGGAUAUCUGUAAAUCACUCUGGUGCCACCGCGUGGGCCACCGCUGUGAGACCAAGUUCACGCCGGCAGCAGAAGGAACCGUUUGUGGAUUGAGUAUGUGGUGUCGACAAGGCCAGUGUGUGAAGCUUGGAGAGCUCGGGCCCCGGCCCGUCCAUGGCCAGUGGUCUGCCUGGUCGAAGUGGUCAGAAUGCUCACGCACUUGCGGUGGAGGAGUGAAGUACCAGGAGAGGCACUGUAGUAACCCCAAGCCUCAGUAUGGUGGCAAGUUCUGUCCAGGAUCUAGCCGUAUCUACAAACUGUGCAACAUUAUCCCUUGUAAUGAAAACAGCUUGGACUUCCGCGCCCAGCAGUGUGCGGAGUAUAACAACAAGCCCUUCCGGGGAUGGCUGUACCGGUGGCGACCUUAUACCAAAGUCGAAGAGGAAGAUCGAUGCAAACUCUACUGCAAGGCUGAAAACUUUGAAUUUUUUUUCGCCAUGUCUGGCAAGGUGAAAGAUGGGACCCCCUGCUCCCCACACAGACACGAUGUCUGCAUCGACGGGAUUUGUGAACCUGUGGGAUGCGAUCAUGAACUUGGCUCCAAGGCAGUUUCAGACGCAUGUGGCGUUUGCAAAGGUGAUAAUUCGACGUGCAAGUUCUACAAAGGCCUGUACCUCAGUCAGCACAAAGCAAAUGAAUAUUAUCCUGUGGUCACCAUCCCAGCAGGGGCCCGAAGCAUCGAGGUCCAGGAGCUGCAGCUUUCUUCCAGCUAUCUUGCUGUUCGAAGCCUCAGUCAGAAAUAUUACCUCACAGGGGGCUGGAACAUCGACUGGCCUGGCGACUUCACCUUCGCAGGGACCACGUUUGAAUAUCAGCGUUCCUUUAACCGCCCCGAACGCCUGUUUGCGCCAGGACCCACCAAUGAGACGCUGGUCAUUGAAAUUCUGACACAAGGCAAGAAUCCAGGGAUCGCGUGGAAGUACACACUUCCCAAGGUCAUGAAUGUAACUCAGCCGGCCCCCAAGAGGUUCCACCACACCUGGUACACAGAGCAGUCCGACUGCUCAGUCUCCUGUGGGGGAGGUUACAUAAGCAUCAAGGCCAUUUGCUUACGAGAUCAAAACACUCCAGUCAAUUCCUCAUUCUGCAGUGUCAGAACGAAGCCGGCAACAGAACCCAAGAUAUGCAAUGCUUUCUCCUGCCCAGCCUAUUGGUUGCCAGGUGAAUGGAGUGUAUGCAGCAAGUCCUGUGCCGGGGGCCAGCAGAGCCGGAAGAUACAGUGCGUGCAGAAGAAGCCCUUCCAGAAGGAGGAAGCCGUGCUGCAUUCUCUCUGCCCAGUGAGCACGCCCACUCAGGUUCAAGUGUGCAACAGCCACGCCUGCCCUCCAGAGUGGAGUCCCGGGCCCUGGUCUCAGUGUUCCAAGACCUGUGGGCGAGGAGUGAGGAGACGUGAGGUCCUUUGUAAGAACUCUGCGGCGGAGACUGUCUCAGAGAGCCUGUGUUCUGGUAGCCCCCGACCUGAGUCACAGGAAGGCUGCGUGCUGGGACGAUGCCCCAAAAACAACCGACUCCAGUGGGUCGCCACUUCCUGGAGUGAGUGUUCUGCUACCUGUGGUUUGGGUGUGAGGAAGAGAGAACUGACGUGCAGCGAGAAGACCUUGCAGGGGAAGCUGAUACCAUUCCCAGAGCGGAGGUGCCGCAACUUGAAGAAGCCAAACCUGGAACUGGAAGAAACCUGCAACAGAAGGGCUUGCCCAGUGUACGGCAUGGUGGCAGGGUGGUAUUCAUCACCAUGGCAACAGUGCACAGUAACCUGUGGGGGAGGAGUCCAGACCCGGUCUGUCCACUGUGUGCAGCAAGGCCGGCCUUCCUCCAGUUGCUUGCUCCAUCAGAAGCCUCCAGUGCUCAGAGCCUGUAAUACAAACUUCUGCCCAGCUCCUGAAAAGAGAGAUGAUCCAUCUUGUGUUGAUUUCUUCAACUGGUGUCACCUGGUCCCUCAGCAUGGGGUCUGCAACCACAAAUUUUAUGGGAAACAGUGCUGUAGGUCAUGCACAAGGAAGAGCUGA